AUGAUCACAAGAUCGAAGGCGGCGAUGAGGGAAACCCAGGUCGAAGGUCAACAGUUUCAUCUAGGUAGUGUUAUAAAUAGUGAAAAUGUUCGGUCACGACAUUCUGCGGAGUCGGUGCGGGAAGCGCUAUCAGUUCCGUUACCGCCCGAUCCAGAUUUUGAGCCGUCGGAAUCGUUCUAUCAUCAGCAAGAGGUUGGCUCAUUGAAUAAUGCAGCGCUUGUAUCGCCGUCGAGGGGUAGGCUGUCAGGAGCACAGCAGUUACCUGGCUCGGAGUGCGGUCAAGGAUGCUUUUCGAGGAGUCCGGUUAGUGAGCAUCGUAACGACGAUACGCGUCACGUAUUUCCACCGGGACCAACUGUGCAGGUGAGUGAACUAGGUCGUUUGGCAGAUGCCAUUUUCACCUUAGCUAAGAAAUCUGCUAGACCUUCAUUUAAUGACCUUGCCACCUUCAGUGGUAACGUUCAUGAGUGGUUAUUGUUCAAAAAGAGUUACGACGAUAGCAAAUCCUAUUUUACACCUCACGAAAAUAUGUCUAGGCUACGCAAUGCGUUACGUGGUAAUGCUCGAGAGGCAGUCUCGGUGUUAUUACUUACCUCUUCAUGUCCAGAGGAUGUACUGCAAGCUCUUGAACUACGUUUUGCUCGACCUGAGCAAAUUAUUUUGUCGGAGAUAUCCGCAGUUCGAGCCCUACCUAAGUUGGGUAGACAGCCUAAUGAUAUUUUCACUUUAGCCACAAAAGUAAAAAGCAGUGUAAAUAUAAUAAAUUUAUUAGGUCAUAGAGAAUACAUUUAUUCACCUGAAUUAUUACACAACGUUAUUUCUAAAUUAACACCUUUAUUAUAUGACAAAUGGUGUGACUUCGCUCAGGCACACCAUACACCCGGUCAACCACAGCUCGAGUUGCUCGCUGAAUUUUUAUUGCAGGAGGCCAACAAACAAGCACGUUUUGGGCUGCCAUAUGAGGCGGUGUAUGUCCCAUCUCAUACAGAGAGGACAAGGGCAGCGGUCACGUCUGCGGCGCCGCGCACCGAUUGUACGCAGGCUGCAUAUCGCUACGCGCCUUCAAGACAUACAGUGCAUACUGCCAAUGCAUCUGUGCCACUUCAAAUAAAAUCGCCUAUAUCCUGUGCAUUUUGUUCUGGUCCACAUAGUAUAAAGACCUGUUUUAAAUUCUUAGCACUCGCAGUCGACGAACGUCUCACUUGGGUGAAACAAGAGAAACUUUGUCCGAGGUGUUUAAAGAGAGGUAAGCAUAGUUGGAGAUUUUGUAAAGCUCGACAAUGUGAUAUUUGUAAACAAAAUCAUCAUAAAUUUUUACAUUCUGAAAUUAGUUCGAAUAUUACAAAUUUACAUAAUACAAAUAUUGACACUGUCACUUGUCAAAACGAAAAUAUAAAUUCUUCUUCUAAUAAUAAAUUAGUUCCGAGUACGAGUACUAGCAAUGCAGUUUCUUUUUCAAAUAAAGAAGUGCAAAAAGAUCGGAUACUUUUAAAAAUUUUACCUGUUAUAUUAUCUGGUCCAACUGCCGAUAUCGAAACUUUUGCACUUUUAGACGAUGGUUCUUCCGUUUCAAUAAUUGAUGCCGACUUAGCGAAGCAGUUAGGUCUUAGUGGACCUCAACAAAAUAUGAAUAUCACAACUGUUGUUGGUACUCGUAGUGUCACCACUAGUUUAGUAGAUUUUAAUAUUAAGGGUAAGUAUUGCACUGAGGUUCAUACUAUUAAGGGAGCCCGAGCUGUACCUGAUUUAACAUUAGCGUCUCAAUCGGUUUCUGCUAAUGAGUUGUUACCUUUAGAACAUUUGUGUGAUAUUAUUGACGUUCUUUCAUACUCAAAUGCGACUCCAAAGCUUCUUAUAGGCUUGAGUGACUGGCAUUUAUUAAUUGCCAAAGAGAAUCGCGUAGGUACUCGUUCCCAACCUAUGGCCACUCGUACGGCCCUCGGGUGGGUGUUGUAUGGAUUAGCUUCAAAGAUUACUAAACCGAUUCAGUUCAUUAAUCAUUGUGUGUUUUCUGAAACGGAAAAUGAUCUUGAUAUGUUGAUUCGAGAUUAUUAUAGAUUAGACGCAAUAGGUUUAAAACUAUGUGAACCUUAUACCGCUUCUGAGACAAGAGCGAUUCAAAUUCUGGAUAAGACUAUACAGCGUCUUCCGAAUGGUCGUUUUGAGGUAGGUUUACCAUGGCGUUAUGAUUCACCAAUUAUGCCGAAUAGUUAUAAUCAUGCUUUGUCAAGAUUGAAUGGUUUAAAUAAACGAUUCAAGCGGGACCCUAAUUAUCAGUUAUUGUAUAAAGAAAACAUCGAAGCUUAUGUCAAAAAAGGAUACGCUGAGGAGUGUAACGAUUCUGAUGAUGCUCUUUCAGGCUGUAAGCGUUGGUAUUUGCCUCAUUUCGGUGUGACAAAUCCCAAUAAGCCCGGGAAGCUGAGGAUCGUUCACGAUGCUUCUGCCAAAUCCAACGGUGUCAGUUUGAAUUCAUUAUUAUUGCCAGGCCCAGACUCACUUCAAUCUUUAGUAGGUAUUCUCAUUAGAUUUAGGGAAGGGCAGGUGGCGUUGUCAGGAGAUAUUAAAGAAAUGUUUCCACAAAUUAAAAUUCGUGAAACGGAUCGCGACUGUCAACGCUACCUGUGGCAACCCGAUGGACCAGAUGGCCCAAUCCGCGAGUUUAGGAUGUCAUCUCUUAUUUUUGGUGCCGCGUCGUCUCCUUUCACUGCUAUUUAUGUUAAAAAUAAGAAUGCUAGGGAUUUCGAAAAGCAAUUUCCUGAGGCGGCUAAAGCUAUUAUUGAGGAUCACUACAUGGAUGAUUUUAUUGGUAGUGUAGAUGAUAUUGAAGUCGCUGCUCGUCUCGCUGGGGAUAUAGUAGAUAUUCACAGUAGAUGCGGUUUCGAAAUGCGUGCUUGGAUAUCAAACAAACCGGAAGCUUUGCGUUUAGUUCCUAGUGUGUUGCGUAAAGAUGGUGAAACUAGUGUGAACCUUGACAUAAACAAAGCAACUACCCGUGUUUUAGGCUUGUUUUGGAACCCUGUAAAUGAUUCGAUAAGUUUUAAUGUCAAUGUUCAACAGCCUCAUAAUCAUUACUACACUAAACGUCAAGUUUUAAAGGAUUUAAUGAGAAUUUUUGAUCCAUUAGGUUUUUUAUGUCCAUUUAUCACACAGGGCAAGAUUUUAUUCCAACGAACAUGGCGAUUAGUCACAGGUUGGGAUGACCAAUUGCCCCAGAGUGAAUGUGUCAAGUGGUUAGAGUGGUAUCGUGGUUUUGAAAUGUUAAAGUCACUAUCAAUUCCACGGUGUUAUUCAAAUUUUAUCGGCCCAGUUAGUCGUGAGUUGCACGUGUUUUCAGACGCCAGUGAUCAAGCUUAUGCAUGCGUUGCUUACUGGCGACUUACGUAUUGUGAUGGUUCGGUAAAAGUCGCGUUUGUUAUGAGUAAAUCGCGAGUCAGUUCUCUUGAACCAACAGCUAUAGCUAGGCUGGAACUUCAGGCAGCUUUGCUAGGGGUACGCCUUGCAGACACAAUCACUCGGGAGCAGAGACAAAAAAUCAAUUUCCGUUAUUUUUGGUGUGAUUCGCGCGUAGCUUUGUCGUGGAUUCGUAGUGAUGCGCGUAACUAUAAAGCAUUUGUCGCGAAUCGGGUCGGAGAGAUUUCAGAAUCAACCUUACCGCGCGAAUGGCGUUGGGUACCGUCCGAUCUGAAUGUAGCAGAUGACGCCACUCGCGUGAGUUCUAAGAGUGUGGUUGAACUCAAUAGAUGGUUGAACGGACCAUCAUUUUUGAUGUCACCUGUAGAUGAAUGGCCAGUAGAGCCCGAAGGGCCGGUCCCCGUUAUUGGUCAGAACCUCAAGUGUCAUCAAACUUCUUUGGUAAAUUUUCGGCUUCAUUUUAAUGUUAUUCCAAAUUCUAAAAACUUUAGUAGCUGGCUGCGGCUCUUACGAGCCACGGCCAGAGCUCAUCAGUUUUUACGCUUACUUAAGGAAAGUAGAUUAAGAUCUGUAAAUAAUAAUGAUCGUUUUCGUAAUAGGGGUGGGCUACGUCCGCUUCUCUGUAAAGACAUGAAGUCUGCGGAGCUUCAUUUAUUGCGACAAUGUCAAGCGGAGACAUUUUCUGCUGAGAUUGCGGCCUUACAACGUAGGGAACCACUACCUAAAUUCAGUAAAAUUGCAAAACUUUCCAUUAAGCAGACUUCAGAUGGCCUUCUUCGUCUAGAUGGGAGAGCAUCUGCUACGCCUGAUCUCUGUAAUGAUGUCAAGUAUCCUCCGAUUUUAGAUGGUCGUCACCACAUCAUCCACUUACUUAUUCAUUACUAUCACGUUUGGGCUUGUCACGGAUAUAACGAGACCGUUGUGAAUGAGUUGAGACAAAGGUUUUGGAUUUUUCACUUACGUCCUACUGUUCGUUCAAUCGCUGCUAGAUGUCAAGCAUGUCGUCUGAGAAAGGCUUCAUCUUCCAUUCCACCUGAGGGAGAUUUGCCGGUUUGCAGAUUAGAACACCAUCAGCACCCAUUUUUAAACACCGGACUUGAUUACUUUGGACCAGUUGACGUUACCAUUGGAAGGAGACACGAAAAACGCUACAUUGCGCUCUUUACCUGUCUUUCCAUCAGAGCAGUUCAUUUAGAGGUUGUUGGCAAUUUGAGUGCGGAUGCUGCUAUAAUGGCACUUAGACGUUUUAUGGCACGCCGUGGAGUACCAAAGAAGAUUUUUUCUGAUAACGCCAAAGCAUUUGUCGGUGCCAGUCGUGAAAUAAGAUCUAUGUGGAGAACUAUGAAUCAUACAGAAGUGGCAGAGUAUGCGGUAUCGCGCGGCAUAGAAUGGAAUUUUAUCCCACCGCAGUCGCCUUUCAUGGGUGGAUGUUGGGAGAGGCUGGUUCAAUCGGUCAAGAGAGCGCUGACAGCUACGGUCAAGAGCAAAUCAUUUAAGGAAGAAAUUCUCGUCACUCUUUUGGCCGAGGUAGAACACGUUAUAAAUUCACGGCCAUUAACCCAUGUUCCAGUUGCAGCUGAUGAUGAACCUGCACUUACUCCAAACCAUUUUCUCCUUGGUCGCUCCUCUGGAUUGCCUGGACCCGGUUCUUUGAACGAUGGAGAUUUAUUAGGAAGAUCGCACUGGCGUAAAGCCCUAAGAUUAGCAGAUCACUUUUGGUCUAGAUGGCUCAAAGAAUAUGUGCCCAGUUUGACACCACGCAGAAGCCAGAACUCUCAGCUACGAUAUUCCAAUCUGUCAGUAGAGGACAUAGUCUUGAUCGCUGAUGCAAGUAUGCCACGGGGACUUUGGCCUAAAGGCCGUAUAACUAGAGUGUUUCCUGGCCAUGAUGGAAUAGUGCGUGUAGCGGACGUAGCGACAGUUGGGGGGGUUCUUAGGCGUCCCUCGCGUAAACUUAUCAAGCUGAGCACUGUGUAA